AUGAGCGCCGUCACGCAGACUAAAGCCCUGCUACCGACAUGGCUGCGCUGCUUGCUUCCAGCGGAAUCGACAGGCGAGCUCUCCGGCAAGACCGUCGGGCUCUUCCAGCACUACAAGCGGUGGAAGGCCGCUGUCUUUGCGGUGUUCGAUGACGACGAGUACUGGUGUUCGCUCAGCGACACUUCAUCCAGCGUCGUCCAGGCCGAGCUCCGUGCGAUCCGCUCGCACAUAGAGGAGGACGGAAAGCGCGUCUACGCGGCGGUGAUCCGAUCUAAAACGCGCAGCGUAUCUGAGUACUACACCCUUCUUACGCGCGUGGUGCUUGGGGACGACGAAUUCGAUCGGGUUAUGGCCGGCACUGUGGACGUCGGCAACCGCACCCCGGCUCUCGGUGAAGCGUACGGCCAGAUUCUGCUCGCGCAGGCCUCGGAGGCAAGCUUGUCCUGCUCACUCUUGUAG